AUUAAUAUUUUAAUUUAUAAAAAACUAAUUUAAUAUUUUGAAAAUUGUCUUUAUAAAAAUUAUUUUUUUAAAAAUAAAAAUAAAAAUCUAUUUUUUUAAAGUUAAAGCAAGCAGACUCAUUAUUAAAGGAACUUUAGAGAAUUUAUAAAAUAAAUAGUCAUCUUUGUAAUUUAUUAUAUAGUUUGUGAGAAAAGGGGUGUUACUAGUAACUAAGGUAAGCUAUCAAGUGAGAAGCAAGAGUGAGAAAAAAAAUGGUAUUUUCAGGUAAGCAUGGUUGGGAAAACACCAAAGGCUUCACCCUGCAAGUCCUAACAGGGAGGUGGUUUAUGGUGUUUUCAUCAUUCAUGAUCAUGUCUGUGUCUGGAGCAAGCUACAUGUUUGGUCUUUACUCAAGAGAAAUAAAGUCAGUUUUGGGAUAUGACCAAACUACUCUCACUCUUUUAAGCUUCUUCAAGGACUUAGGUGCUAACAUAGGCAUUCUUUCAGGUCUUCUCAAUGAGGUCACACCUCCUUGGGUUGUCUUAUCAAUUGGUGGUGUUCUAAACUUUUUUGGCUAUUUCAUGAUUUGGCUUGCAGUCACAAGAAAAAUCCCCAAACCUCCAAUAUGGAAUAUGUGCUUAUACAUAUUCAUUGGAGCCAACUCUCAUUGUUCAACCAACACUGGUGCUUUAGUCACAAGUGUGAAGAACUUUCCUGGUAGCAGAGGUGUUGUCAUAGGCCUUUUGGGUGGUUACCUUAGUUUGAGUGGAGCUAUCAUCACUCAGCUAUACUAUGCCUUCUAUGGAGAUGACUCUAAAUCUUUAAUUUUGCUUAUGGCUUGGCUACCAGCUGCUAUAACUUUUGUUUUCAUGCCUGUUAUUAAACACCACAAAAGAGCUGAACAGCCAAAUGAUUCCAAAGCUUUCUAUAAUUUCCUUUACGUGUCUUUAAUCUUCGCAGGAUUUCUCAUGAUAAUGAUCAUAGUGCAAAAGUGUUUCAACUUUACUAAGAGUGAGUACUAUGUCACUACCUUUGUGAUGCUUCUCUUGCUUAUCCUGCCUCUUGCUGUUGUUAUCUUGGAAGAACAAAGAAUUUGGAAGAGCAAGAAAGAGAACAUCCAUCCUCCUAAGCCUUUGAAUAUAAUCACACAGACUCACCAAGCUAGUGGAAAAGAGAGUAGUAAAAAUCAAACCAUACGUAGAGGUGAAGAUCAUACAAUACUUGAAGCCAUUUUCAGCCUUGACAUGAUGACGCUUUUUGUAGCCACAAUUUGUGGAUUUGGUGGAACCUUUACUGUGGCAAACAACUUGAGUCAGAUUGGAUUAUCUUUAGGAUACCCUGCACGUAGUAUAACCACAUUUGUUUCACUAAUGGCAAUUUGGAUUUAUCUAGGUAAAGUUACACAAGGAGUUAUCUCAGAAUUUAUCAUAACAAAGUUAAAAUUCCCUAGACCUCUCAUGCUCACAUCAGUCCUUAUAUUGUCAUGUUUUGGUCACCUUCUGAUUGCAUUUGAUGUACCAAAUGGUCUCUAUGUAGCUUCAAUUAUUAUUGGUUUCUGCUUUGGAGUACACUCACCAGUACUAUUUUCAAUCAUAUCUGAACUAUUUGGUCUUAAAUAUUACUCAACAUUGUACAAUGUUGGGUCAAUAGCAAGUCCAAUAGGGUCAUACUUGUUAAGUGUGAGGGUUGCUGGUUAUUUGUAUGACAAGGAAGCCACAAAGCAAAUGGCGGCAUUAGGAUUAAAGAGGAAGCAAGGACAGGAAUUGAAUUGCAAUGGAAGUGAGUGCUACAAAUUGACUUUCAUUAUAGUCACUGCUGUUAGCCUCUUUGGAGCACUUGUGUCUCUAACUUUAGUUUUUAGGACUAGAGAGUUUUACAAAGGUGACAUAUACAAGAAGUUCAGGGAGGAAGCUAGAAAUAGUGAACAUGAAUUGGUUGUGACUCAGAACAUGGUUGGACCUGCCUCAAAUGAUGGAUAGAUAUUCUUCAGAAGUGGAAAAUUCUAGUACAGAUUCUAGUAAGCUUAUGUUUUCUUUACGGUAAAUCUCACUUCAUGUAAAAUAAGGUAUGCCCUUAUAUAUGUAUCAUGUAUGGGAGGUUAUAUGAAAAUUAAUAAGAGUAACAAUUACUAUAUUCUAUAGUAGUUGCUAUUACGUUUGAAGAAUAAAAAUUGGUUUUAA